AUGAGUGAUCCGGAGUUUUCAUGGAUUAAUGUUAAGGAUGAUGUUAACUGGAAUACUGGCUCCGAAAGGGACGCUUCAUGUGAAACAUCCAAUAGACGGGGUGAAGGUUGGAGUACAGAUUCGGAUGUUGAGGUUCUCAAUGUUGGAGUGGACGUCGGCGUCGAGCUGUUGAAAGCUAAAACGGGCUGUGGAAAUGGACUUGGAACACUUACACUCACAGGCCCUUCAGCGGGCGUUGAUGCUGGACUGAAAUCAGGUGUUCGCGAGACUGGAUUGUCGGCAAUGGCGGAGUUAAGUGCGGUUAAGGGCGAAGUAACACUUGGCCCGCUGUAUGUUUCUGCAGGUCUAAAUGCAAACACAGGAGUCAAAGCGGGAACCGGAGGAGUACAAGCCAAUGUUCUUGGUUUUGGUUUCACAUUUGGAGUAGGUGGAAGAUGGACAAUCGAUACACCGUUUGGUUCAGGAGGUUUCGGUGGACCAUCAGCAUCACCAGUUCGAGUACCAGCCCAGUCACAAGAGCUAUGUGAAGGACAGAUGUUAAUGAGAAAAAUAACACAACACACACCCACAUCCUUAUCACCAGAUGAUCUUUGGUUAAUGAUCACAAUUUAUUUUUCUAAAUAUGUCAAUUCAAAUAGUGAACAACUUAGAAAUUUAUUUGUCGAUCAUGAUGGAAAGAAAAAACUUGUUGUUGUUGAACCAGUAGGGAAACGUGAAGAAGAUUGGAGAGAUUUCUUCGGAAAAAUGCAAAUACAAAUUUCAAAAAAUGUCAAAAGUUCCGAAAUUGUCGAUAAUUUGAUAAAUAAUUUUUCUACAACAACAGAAAUUGAAUUGGUUUUAUCUUAUGCGUGUAUUAUGGACACGUUUCAAUCAUAUUUUGAAUAUAGUCGAUGUAUUCCUGGUUGUGGAAUAAGAAAUGUUCAUUUUCAAGGAACUCUCUUCGAUUGGAAAUUAUUAAAAGAGAAAACUGAACAAUUAAUGUCUUUAACCAUUCGAAAUGAUUCAUUUUUCCAAUAUCUUCAAAAUUUAAUACCGAUUUUAAAUGAAUUUAUCGAAACUUAUCAAGGAAAUGUGAAUGUCGAGUUCUGGAAUCAUAUUGUUGAUGCAAAACGUGGAAGAUUACGAUCUGGAAGUGCGGAAUAUCUUAAUGGAUGGAUUUUAAAAUUAUUUUAUGAUAUUGAAGAAACAAAUCGAGACAAAAUUACAUCUUCAGAUAUUCAUUUGAAUUCAAUUCAAGUUCCAGUUCAAGUUGAAAAUUACAGUACUGGAUUGAAAAAAACUUGUUAUGUUCUAGGAGGAUUUCAUGGUAUUGAUUCGACAAAAGAUCACAUUUAUAAACCCGUUCUCAGUUUAGUCGUCAUAGAAGAUUUAACAACUGUUGAAAAAUUAUAA